ACAUUUCUUAGAUUUUUUGUCGUGUGGGGUGGAUUUUGUUGCACGUUGGGUGGGCUAGUAAGUUUGGCCAUUAUUUUGGUCUGUAAUUGCGGGUGGUUUACAGUUUUAGUAAGAUUAAUGCAAAGCUAAAAUAAUAAUUCUACGUUUCCAAUAAUUUUACGUUUAGCAAAACCUUAUUUUGUUUACAAAAACAUCACUAUUAAAAGCUUCUAACGAAAAUGUUUCGACUGCUGGCAUCUAAUUGCAAUCGCCAUUUAACGCAACAAUUGUCGAAAUAUAAUCAAGUGCCUCAUACGCAACCAAAUGGCAUACGCGAUUUUAGCGGUCACUUAAGAAAUGCCAACAAACUUUUGCGCGUAGUCGAGCGACAGGCUAGCCGAGCAUCGGAGGUUGGGGGAAAACAAAUUUUAAAUACACGGCUUCUACUGUUGGGCGGCUGUGGCGUAUCACUGGGAUUAGGUGCACGUACAUACCUAGCAUUUACGCGGCAAGUGCAAUGCGAAGGAAAUAGAUUAGCUGGAGUUUUACAGAAGACAUUGCAACAGGAAGAUAACAAAUUCGAUUGGAGGCGCUUUUGGACAUAUUUGGAACCACAUGUGUGGGAGUUACUUGGAGCUAUUGCUGCUGCUCUCAUCGUGGCAUUCAUCAAUAUCCGCAUUCCUAACCUGCUCGGAGAUCUAGUCAAUACUCUUGCGCGCUACGCUAAUACCUACGUCAAAGAUCCGCUACACAACUCUUUCUUCAGCGAUGUACGUCGUCCUGCAAGCAAUUUGCUUAGUUUGUAUUUUCUGCAAUCGGGUUUCACAUUCAUUUACAUCUACCUGCUAAGUCGGGUUGGUGAACGCAUUGCCGCCAAACUGCGACAAGAUCUUUUUAAACAAAUAAUUCUGCAAGAUAUCGCGUUUUUCGAUGCAAAUCGAACCGGGGAAUUGGUAAACCGUCUUACCGCCGAUGUGCAGGAUUUUAAGGCGUGCUUUAAGCAGUUCUUCUCGCAAGGUUUGCGCAGUAUGGCUCAACUUGUAGGCGGUGGAGUAUCACUAUUCCUCAUAUCACCGCAUAUGGCGGCCAUAGCGUUGGCUGCGGUGCCAGUGGUUGUAGCAUUCAUGUCAUAUCUGGGGCGGAAGUUGCGCAACUUGAGCAAAGAUGCACAAGCGCAGUCUGAACGCGCCACUGCCGUCUGUGAAGAAGCACUUUCCAAUAUACGCACAGUACGUUCAAGCGCUUGUGAGUAUCGUGAAAUGGAGCUAUUCAAGCAGGAAACAAAUGAAGCAGCGAGACUGGCGCAAGAGUUGGGUUACGGCAUUGCCAUAUUCCAAGGACUGACCAACUUCUUCCUUAAUGGAUUAGUACUUACCACGCUUUUUAUGGGCGGUCAUCUGAUGUCUACCGAAAGUCUCUCCCCCGGCGCUUUGAUGGCGUUCCUGGUAGCGUCACAAGGUGUGCAGCGUUCACUUGCUCAAGGUUCGAUACUAUUGGGGACUAUGAUACGCGGCAUGACCGCUGGUUCGCGCGUUUUUGAGUACCUCCAACUACAACCUAAAGUAGAAUUAUUACGAGGCUAUGAAAUUCCACCGAAGCAUCUUAAUGGUGAAAUUCGUUUCGAAAAUGUAUCCUUCGCAUAUCCUUCAAGGCCAGAUCAUAUUGUGUUAAAAGACUUCAACUUGAUAUUGCGUCCCGGACAAACAGUGGCACUUGUUGGCGCUUCAGGCUCUGGCAAAUCUACUGUUGCGGCACUUGUGGAGCGUUUUUAUGAACCAACAUCGGGUAAUAUCAAACUAGAUGGCUACAAACUCUCCGACAUAGCACCAUAUUGGCUGCGUGGAAAUGUGCUCGGUUUCAUCGAGCAACAACCAAUACUCUUUGCGACGACAAUUCUUGAAAAUAUUCGUUACGGCCGUCCAGGCGCUAAAGAAGUCGACAUUUAUGCCGCAGCAAAACUAUCGCAGUCACAUGAAUUUGUUAGCGCACUGCCCGAUGGCUACGCCACCAAUGUUGGAGAACGUGGUACCCAAUUGAGUGGUGGCCAACGACAAAGGAUUGCUAUUGCGCGUGCACUGUUGAAAAAUCCCAAAAUUUUAAUCUUAGAUGAGGCGACCAGUGCGCUCGAUGCGACUAGUGAGGCCGAGGUGCAAAAGGCGCUAGAUACGGCGGUACUUAAUCGUACAACUUUAGUAAUAGCCCAUCGGCUAUCGACCAUAAGAAAUGCUGAUCUGAUUGUGGUUAUGGAGCAUGGCCGGAUAGUUGAGUCGGGUAAACAUGAAGAGUUAAUGGCUAAACGUGGUCUAUAUUAUGAUCUGGUUCGCCAACAAGAACGCCGUGCGGUACAAGAACCGCCAGAGGAUAUAAAAAACACUGCCAGCGUUGAAGAGAAUAGUUUUACUGCCAACACCAAUCGCCCAAAUAUGCAGCAUGGAUAGAACUGGCAUAUCGAGUUAUGAACACUAGACGACAAUACCUCUAAAAAUUCUCCCCUCUGUUCUUCACUUACUCAUGGUGUUACGUUAAACUAUUUAUUUCUGUACUUACUAAAAAGGCAUGUAAUGUAUUAUUUGGGUUUAUUCCUUAUGAUUCUUUUCUAUUGGACUUGAAUUUGAAUUGUGUCUAUAUUCAAGUGGGAAUAACUAAUUGACUACUGAAAUGAAUUAUAUUUAAGCCGAAAUAGCAAAGUAAUUGUUAAUAAGAAAAAUAAUUGAACAAUUGUUGAUAAUAAAAUUAUUAAAUUGUUAGUUAAACAACAUAUAUUUAAAUCAAGCAAAAUAUUUAUCCAAAUUUUUUUUUAAACUAAAUAUUUUUGAAUUAUGUAGAUUCCUGACACACAAAACUCCGCAAGUUUAUUGUGAAUGGUUGGUGUGUUGUUAUCAUCCAUUCAGUAAGAUCUGGCAUCACCACCACCAUUGUGUCGUGUCUUCGACAAUUCCUGGCUGAAUUCACUGAAAUGGAUAAAAAUCCUUGUUUUUUCUGUAAAAAAUAAUUACAAUAUUGAAUAAAGUUGUGUCGCCAACUGUGUCGUGUUUUGAAUAAUAAGCAUUUCAGUAAUAAAAAAGGAAAGCGCACAUCAGUUUAUAUAUAUAAAUACAUAUACAUAAAUUUAAUAUUCAAGCAUAUAUAUGUAUGAAGGCAUCAACAAGCAUUCAAUGUGACCACAUUAAAAAGAAAAUAGUGUAAAUAAAUUAUUAUGAAUUAUUUGUGUAGUGUAUAUACCUAAUUACAAUACUUACAUAUAUACAUAUGCGCAUACACAAACUUUGAAGAAAUUAAUAAAUUACAAAGCAACAGCCAAUUAUCCAUACAAAGCCAACACCCCAAAUUCAACAGACAACACAGCAAAGCAACAACGACAAUAACACCAAAGUCAACUUAUAAAAAUCACAUACAAGUAUUUCAUUGCAUUGUUUGGUAAACAAACCAGACCCAACACCAAUCAAUUAAAAAAAAA